UUUACAUACACAAAAAAAAAAAACCAUCGGACCUGAAAUCUUUGUAAGCUCUUCCUCCUUGCUCAAGCAAACCUCUUUUUAUAUAUUUGCUCUCUCUCUCUCAGAUCCGAUUCAAGCUUUCCGAUUUGCGAUGGACGGUGGAGCGGAAGGAUCUCAGCAGCCUCACCUUAUUCUAGCCAACAAGCUCUUCCUCCUCACUCAUCCAGAUGUUCCAGACAUCGAGAAAGUCCAGCUCAAGUCUGAGGUUUUGGAUUUCAUCAGAUCCCAUGGUAUGGCUCCUUUGUACGAAACCCUAAUUGCCUCUUCGGUGCUGGAUUUGGAUCAAAGCUUGUUAGAGUCUAUGCGGGCCGCUAAUGAAGAGGAGCUUAAGAAGCUCGACGAGAAGAUUGCAGAUGCAGAAGAAAAUUUGGGUGAAAGUGAAGUUCGUGAAGCUCAUCUUGCUAAGGCUCUGUAUUUCAUCAGGAUUAGUGAUAAGGAGAAAGCUUUGGAGCAGCUAAAACUCACUGAAGGGAAAACUGUUGCUGUUGGACAAAAAAUGGACGUGGUGUUUUAUACGUUACAACUUGCUUUUUUCUAUAUGGACUUUGAUCUGGUAUCAAAGAGCAUUGACAAAGCAAAAAAAUUGUUUGAAGAGGGUGGUGACUGGGAGAGGAAGAACCGGCUAAAGGUCUAUGAAGGUUUGUACUGCAUGUCCACCAGAAAUUUUAAGAAGGCUGCCAGCUUAUUCCUGGAUUCUAUAUCAACCUUCACAACAUAUGAAAUUUUUCCAUAUGAGACCUUCAUAUUCUACACCGUCCUGACAAGCAUCAUAACUUUGGACAGAGUUUCCCUUAAGCAAAAGGUCGUUGAUGCACCUGAGAUCUUAACCGUGCUUGGGAAGAUUCCAUUCCUUUCUGAGUUUCUGAACUCCUUGUAUGAGUGCCAGUACAAGGCGUUUUUCUCAGCAUUUGCUGGAAUGGCGGUGCAGAUAAAGUAUGACCGUUACUUGUACCCGCAUUUCCGGUUCUACAUGAGGGAAGUCAGAACAGUGGUGUACUCUCAGUUUUUGGAAUCUUACAAAAGUGUGACAGUUGAAGCAAUGGCAAAGGCCUUUGGCGUUUCUGUCGAUUUCAUAGACCAGGAGUUGUCGCGCUUCAUUGCUGCUGGGAAGCUUCACUGUAAGAUAGACAAGGUUGCAGGUGUUUUGGAGACAAACCGUCCUGAUGCAAAGAAUGCACUUUACCAGGCAACAAUCAAGCAAGGGGAUUUCUUGCUAAACCGAAUCCAGAAGCUGUCUCGUGUGAUCGAUCUGUGAGCAUGCUACAUGUUUCUGUUUCACUCUUUCGUCAAGCUUUGCAACUUGGAAACUCCGAACGGUAGAAUCUUAAGGUCUGAGAAACGAUAUGAACUUUGGAUUUUGAGAUGAAUGGCUGUAGUUUCUUUCAUCAACUCUAGUUGGUUUGUCAGUGGUGAAUUUCCCAAGAACAAAGAGCAAGUUUAAUCUCCAAUGUUCAUUUUAUUCUUCCUCGCAUAUGGCUUUUGAAUCUGUUGUUUUCAUCGCAUCUAUCUAGUAUCUAAGAGAAAACGACCACCAUACCUCUUACAAAAUAAAGCUUUUGUUUCACAAGGUGUAUUAGUUGACCAUAUAGAUAUACCAAGAAAAAUGCAUUAGUACACUUCAUAAUCUGAAUGGUUAGAAUUGAACACAAAUUAGAUA